GGCCCCGACAAAGUCGGUGUGGGAUGUCCGCCGCUCUACCACUCCCGUUCUCCAGCAGCCGGCCCGUCCCCCUCGCCUGGUCGCAGCACGUUGACUUGCCGUGGACCGGCUACCGUUGGCUCGUGCCGGCCGCGAAUCUGAGCAGCCCGCAGUUCCUGACUGGAAAGGAUGGGACUCUCCGCGUCACCGACUCGGGCGUCGUGUGGGGCGAGGUUACGCUGCAAUGGUCUGGGCGGGCGCCGAGCUCGCUCAAGCACGUGCUCGUCGGCGAGUCCGCCUGGGAGCCGGGCGCCCUCCCGCCAGCGUCCACCUGCCUUUCCGAUGACCACGUCUCCGAGGGCGCUUGUGUGGAUGGGUUUUCGCUCGCAGAUGGGUGCGCCUGCGAGGCGGGCGAGGCCGUCCUGCCCUUCACGCGGGUGGUGGAGGCGGGGAGCCGCGUGCAGGUCGCCGCGCUGCCGCUCGAGUACGGCCCGGAUGUGGUCGCUCGCCUCAGCGUCUACUUCCGCCCGGGCGGCUGGUGCGAGUUCCUCGGCGGCGAAUCGCCCGCGCAGUGCGCGACGGCGUGGGACGGGAUGCGGCUUGGCGGCGGCGGCGGCUGCGCAGUCGAGCUCGCGCGCCAGUCUCUGGACGGCACCGUCGAGCUCUCCUCUGGAGGGUGUGACGCGCCGCCGUCGGGCGGCGGCGCGGCUCCCUUUCUGUGGAGAGAGGUGCCGCGCGGCCCGUUCGCCGCAACGGUGCGGGUGCUGCAGUGCUCCGACGUGCAGUGGUCCGCGGCUGGACUGCUGGCCACUGCAGCAGAGGCUCGGCCAAGGCCGCAGCCUGCCGGGGCGCUGGCGGCAAAGAGGACGGCCGAGUGGGCGGCGCUGCUGUCAGCGCAGUCCCGUGCCACCACGCUGCAGGCCGCGCCCGCCGGCAACCUCUCGGCGUGGUGGCGAGCGUCGGCCGCACAGGCUUGGCAGCAGCUCGGUCCGAGCGUCGGAUCCGCCGGCCUCGCGGGGCCGCUGCGUGUCGGCCUGACCCAGCACACGUCCUCGCACAACUUCGGGUUCGCGCUCAUGGACUCGUUUUCCCUCGAGGUCGGCGCCGCGGCCGCCGACUCGCUUCCCUCCGUUAGCGGAGGAGGAGAGGGCGGAGGAGGAGGGGGCGGCGUCUGCUGCUCGCCGCUUGCUGGCGGAGGGGAGGGUGCCGGGAGCACCGCCCGUUGGCUGCCUCUGCUCCUCCUCCUCCCCGCCCUCGCGGCGGCGCUGCUCGGCUCGCGGUCCGACUCGUGGCGCGAGGGCGGGGCAGAGGCCGGGGCCGGGGACGGGUCGACAAAGGGGAAGGGGUCGCUCGAGUACGGCGCGCGCGAGCGGGCCGCCCAGUCGCGCGGCUGGGCGGGGGUCGGUGCGUGGCGCGCGGCGACGGCGCAGCGCGUUGCGCCGGGCGGCGACGAGUUGGCGGAGGGAGGAGACGAGGCGGCAGAGGACGACGGCGCAGCCUGGCGCGACUCGUGGUAUUCGGCGCUCGGCUACUCGCGCUUGCCGGACGAGGCGGAGGGGCGCGGCGGGGCGGGAGGGAGCGCCGCAGGAAGCCCGACCGACAGCGCUCCUUCCAGCACGCCCUCGGACUGGUCGCGAGAGGUCGGGGUCGGGCGCUUCGCAUCCUUCGAGGCCACCGCCGGCGCCUCCUUCGCCGAGAUCGCUCUCCAGGGCGGGCCGUCGCAACGCCUCCCCGCCGCCGACGGCCCUUUCCUUGCGCGGCUGGCGGCCGCUUGUGGCGCAAGCCGGCGGCGCGGCGUGCCGACGGGCGACUCGGAGCCGUCGGUCGCGUUUGUCGCGACGAGUUCGGGCGACCGCGUCGACAUCCGGCUGCCCUAGGGCCGGCUACUCUUCUGCACGUACGUGAGUCGGACGACUGGACACUGGAGUCUGCUCGCUCUCGCUGAUACGGUGUGUGUGCUCUACUGGUCGUUAUGGAUUCGGAUCCCCCGCCGGCCGCCGAGAGCGCCGUGUGACAGGUGCGUGUGCGGUUCCCAUGCUCGUGCCGGAUCGGGCUCCGCCUCUUCUUAAUACUUAUACUUUUCGUGUGACGUGA